AUGGAUUCAAACAAGAAAUGUUUGGCCAUAUUCCUGGAUCUAGCAAAGGCAUUUGAUACUGUCUCUGUUCCCAUACUACUUGAAAGAUUGGAAAAAAUAGGUAUCAGAGAAAGCAUGCGCAAGCGAAAAAAAAGUCGAGAGGAAAUUAUGCAGAUACAAAAGCUUAGAGAGCGACGAAAGCGAGCAAUGAUCAGGAACGAUCCUGAACUAUACGCAGCAUAUAAAGAAAAAGAACGACAAAGAUACCUCAAAAGGAAGAGGGAAGAAAGCAUGCGCAAGCGAAAAAAAAGUCGAGAGGAAAUUAUGCAGAUACGAAAGCUUAGACAGCAACAAAGGCGAGCAAUGAUCAGGAACGAUCCUGAACUAUACGCGGCAUAUAAAGAAAAAGAACGACAAAGAUACCUCAAAAGGAAGAGGGAAGAAAGCAUGCGCAAGCGAAAAAAAAGUCGAGAGGAAAUUAUGCAGAUACGAAAGCUUAGACAGCGACAAAGGCGAGCAAUGAUCAGGAACGAUCCUGAACUAUACGCGGCAUAUAAAGAAAAAGAACGACAAAGAUACCUCAAAAGGAAGAGGGAAGAAAUCAAGUACAAAUUAAUAAAUGCUGAAAAUGCUGGAAAAAGUGGGAAACUGGUCAUGGUAGAUGGUUACACGUUCUACAAACCGAACAAGAUCAGCAGGAUGUGGGUGUGCUCCAAGAAGACCAGAGGUGACUGUUCUGCUAAAAUCAAGAUUGAAGGUGACGUCAUCAUUCCAUGUUGUCUGGAUCAUAACCAUGAGCGCCCCAAAUACCAUAUUACGAAGGACGGACAGUACAUUAAAAUUUAA